GGAGACUGCCCUCUUGACCGAGAAGAGAUGAAGCAACCGGCUUCCCCUUUUCCCAGAAGCUCAACCCCGCCCACCUUCCCCUCAUAAACCAUUUACCCGGGCCCGCCCUACACCUUCCACUCGCGUGGCUGCGUCUAGCCUGUUGGUCCCGUCUCUUACGCCCUGACCUGCUCCACCCGGGCCCGGGACCCAGUGGUGCCAUCACCGACACCGCUGCCAGGCACAAUGGAAGGUCCUCGCUCAGACGUGGGGCGCUGGCGUGGGAACCGCUGGCAGCCCCCUACCACACCUUCACCAGAGCCGGAGCCAGAGCCAGAGCCAGACAGAGGCUCGCGCUCCAGGCGAAGAGGGGCCCGCUCCUUCUGGGCUCGCUGCUGUGGCUGCUGCUCCUGCGGAAACAGAGCCGAUGAUGACUGGGGGCCUGACCCUUCUGGGUCCAGAAGUCGAGGGUCCAGCUCUCGGGGUGGCCGAAGACCGGAGUCUCGGGGUGACCGAAGACCAGAGUCUCGAGGCAGUGGCGUAAAUGCAGCUGGAGAUGGCACCAUCCGAGAGGGAAUGCUAGUUGUGACCGGCGUGGAUCUGCUGUGCUCACGGUCAGACCAGAACCGCAGAGAGCACCACACGGACGAGUUUGAAUACGAUGAUCUGAUUGUGCGCCGGGGGCAGCCCUUCCACAUGAUCCUUUUCCUGAACCGGGAAUAUGAGUCUUCUGACCGCAUUGCCUUAGAGCUUCUCAUCGGAAACAGUCCCGAGGUGGGCAAGGGUACCCACGUGAUCAUCCCGGUGGGUAAGGGAGGCAGAGAUGGCUGGAAGGCCCAAGUGACCAGGAACAAUGGACACAACUUAAACCUACGAGUCCAUACCUCCCCUAAUGCCAUCAUCGGCAAAUUUCAAUUCACUGUCCGUACGCACUCAGAAGCUGGAGAGUUCCAGUUGCCCUUUGACCCCCGAAAUGAGAUCUACAUCCUCUUCAACCCCUGGUGCCCAGAGGACAUAGUGUACGUGGACCAUGAGGACUGGCGACAAGAAUAUGUGCUUAAUGAGUCUGGAAGAAUCUACUAUGGAACAGAAGCACAGAUUGGCGAGCGGACCUGGAAUUAUGGCCAGUUUGACCAUGGAGUGCUGGAUGCCUGCCUGUACAUCUUGGAUCGAAGGGGGAUGCCAUAUGGAGGUCGUGGGGACCCAGUCAGUGUCUGUCGGGUCAUCUCUGCCAUGGUGAACUCCCUGGAUGACAAUGGAGUUCUGAUUGGGAACUGGACCGGCGACUACUCUCGAGGCACCAACCCCUCAGCGUGGGUGGGCAGCGUGGAGAUCCUGCUUAGCUACCUACGCACCGGCUACUCCGUCCCCUAUGGCCAGUGUUGGGUCUUUGCUGGUGUUACCACCACAGUGCUACGAUGCCUGGGCUUUGCUACCCGUACUGUCACCAACUUCAACUCUGCGCACGACACAGACACCUCGCUCACUAUGGACAUCUACUUUGACGAGAACAUGAAACCCCUCGAACAUCUGAACCAUGACUCUGUUUGGAACUUCCAUGUGUGGAAUGACUGCUGGAUGAAGAGACCAGACCUGCCCUCAGGCUUUGACGGGUGGCAGGUUGUGGACGCCACGCCCCAGGAGACCAGCAGUGGCAUCUUCUGCUGUGGCCCCUGCUCCGUGGAGUCCAUCAAGAACGGCUUAGUCUACAUGAAGUAUGACACUCCCUUCAUUUUUGCUGAGGUGAAUAGUGAUAAGGUGUACUGGCAGCGACAGGAUGACGGCAGCUUCAAGAUUGUGUAUGUGGAGGAAAAAGCCAUCGGCACGCUCAUUGUUACAAAGGCGAUCAGCUCCAACAUGCGAGAGGACAUCACCCACACCUAUAAGCACCCAGAAGGCUCAGAAGCAGAGCGGAAGGCUGUAGAAAGGGCUGCUGCCCAUGGCAGCAAACCCAACGUGUAUGCCAGCCGGGAUUCUGCUGAGGAUGUGGCAAUGCAGGUGGAGGCACAGGACGCUGUGAUGGGGCAGGAUCUGGCAGUCUCUGUGGUGUUGACCAAUCGGGGCAGUAGCCGACGCACUGUGAAGCUGCACCUCUACCUCUCUGUCACUUUCUACACUGGUGUCACUGGGCCUACCUUCAAGGAGACCAAGAAGGAAGUGACACUAGCCCCAGGAGCCUCGGAUUCUGUGACCAUGCCUGUGGCCUACAAGGAAUACAAGCCCCACCUUGUGGACCAGGGGGCCAUGUUGCUCAAUGUCUCAGGCCACGUCAAGGAGAGUGGGCAGGUCCUAGCCAAGCAGCACACCUUCCGCUUGCGCACCCCAGACCUCUCUCUUACGUUACUGGGAGCAGCAGUAGUCGGCCAAGAAUGUGAAGUACAGAUCGUGUUCAAGAACCCGCUGCCUGUCACCCUCACAAACGUGGUCUUCCGGCUCGAAGGUUCUGGGUUACAAAGACCCAAGGUCCUCAACGUUGGGGACAUCGGGGGUAAUGAGACAGUCACAUUGCGCCAGACAUUUGUGCCUGUGCGACCAGGCCCCCGCCAGCUCAUUGCCAGCCUGGAUAGUCCACAGCUCUCCCAAGUACAUGGUGUCAUCCAAGUGGAUGUGGCCCCAGCCUCUGGAGGCGGGGGCUUCUCAGAUGCUGGAGGUGACAGUCGCUUCGGGGAGAACAUACCUAUGGCAUCUCGAGGCGGAGCUUAGCCCUACACCAGGAGCAA